UCUCUCGGAAAGAUGGCAGCCCUGGUCCGGCCACAGGUUGAUGGGCAGGUGCUGUGACCGGAGGUGAGCUUCAGAGCGCGAGCGGCCGUUCGGAGGCGGAAGCCCGACGAGCUCAGGAAGUGAUCGGAGGCCCAGAUACAGGAGAGCAAGAGGCGGAAAGAGCAGCUCAGGAAGAGGCCGCGGCGGCCGGCGGAAUCCGGCCUCGGAGGCAGGGGGCGGGUGCCCCGGGACGCCCGGAAGGGGCGGGGCUUAUGGAGCUUUAUACUCCAGGCCCCGUCCCCUGAGCUCUGCCCUCGGAUGUUCCACCGCCCAGAGCUUGCAUGCGCCGUGGGGCGCCCCAGGACCAGGAGCUGGUGGGUCCAGGGGCUCCUGGGCGGGGGUCCCGGGGCGCCCCUCCUCCCUCGGGACCUGUUGUCCCGGUCCUCGUCUUUCCCCCGGAUCUAGUAUUCAGGGCGGACCAACGGAGCGGACUCCGGCAGCUGCUGACCCUCUAUAACCCCACUGGAGCAGUGCUUCGCUUCCGAGUGCUGUGCACAGCACCUGCCAAAUACACAGUGUUUGACGCGGAAGGAUACGUGAAGCCCCAGUCCUGCAUUGACAUUGUGAUUCGCCACGUGGCCCCGCAUCCCAGGCACUAUGAUGUCCAGGAUCGCUUCCGCAUUGAGCUCUCUGAGGAGGGAACAGAGGGCCGAGUGGUGGGGCGCAAGGACAUCACCUCGGUUCUGAGGGCCCCAGCGUACCCCCUUGAGCUUCAGGGACAGUCUGACCCAACACCCCACCCAGAGCCUCAUUCCUGGACAGCACCAUCCACGGCCCAGCCCUUCCCAGAGAGAGUGGAGGCUGGAGCUCCUGACGGGCCUUGUUCCCCAGACCCUCACCCGCAACUGGCCACCAGCUCCUUCCUCCUCUUCUUGCUGAUGGGCACAGUCUCUGUGGCCUUCCUGCUGCUCCCGCUCCAGGAUGAACUUGGCAGCCAGCUGCCCCAAAUCCUUCACGUCUCCCUGGGACAAAAGUUGGUGGCAGCCUACGUCUUAGGGCUCCUCACCAUGGUGUUCCUCCGGACCUGAGCUCUGCUCCACUUCCACACAGCUUCCCCAGGCCAGGACAUGGAUGCGGAUGUGGACGUGAGACAGCCACUGUGAUGUUCAUAACCUUCGUCUCAACUCCUGCUUCCUUCUUCCUGCCCAUCUCCCCCCAGACCUAGGGAUUUGUUAUCUUUUUCCAAGUUGAAUCAAAUAAAUUUGUAAAAUUGAACU